CAAAAACUAGAGUUCUCAAAUGAGCAAACCAUUAACAUUUUCUGAGAAAAGUAUCUUAUCAAUGGCCGAGAUCUCUGGUAUUACUGUUCGGACACAAACCACCAUCUUAAACAUCGAAGAUGGUAGAUCCAGUGGUGAUUCCCGGUUACCAGAUUCCCCCUGUUCUCUUAUAUGCAUAUCCUUCGUUCAAAAGUUGAUAGGCGAGUUCGUGGGGACAUUCUCUCUUGUAUUUGCGGGAUGCUCGGCAACCGUGGUAAAUGAUACGUACGGUGAACUGGUGACACUUCCCGGCAUAGCUUUGGCAUGGGGUCUAACCGUAAUGGUUAUGACCUACUCAAUUGGUCAUGUCUCCGGUGCUCAUUUCAAUCCUGCUGUUUCCAUUGCGCUUGCUUCUUCUAGAAAGUUUCCUUUUAAACAGGUACCGGGGUAUAUUGCCGCUCAACUUCUCGGAUCAACCUUAGCGGCCGAAGCUCUCAGGCUCAUGUUCCAUCUGAAUAACAACGUUUGUAGCCUCAAAGGCGAUGUUUAUGUGGGAACACGCCCUUCAGGUUCCAACACAGCGACAUUCAUAGUGGAACUCAUCGCUACUUUCAACUUGUUGUUUGUUAUUUCGGCUGUAGCUACUGAUAAACGAGCAAACAGAUCAUUCGCAGGCGUUGCUAUUGGUGCAACCGUAGUACUCAACAUCUUGUUCAGCGGACCAAUCUCGGGAGCAUCAAUGAAUCCAGCAAGAAGCUUGGCUCCUGCUUAUAUAUGGGGAUGUUAUAAGAACUUAUGGUUAUAUAUAGUUUCACCGGUUAUUGGAGCAUUGAUAGGUGCAUGGACUUAUAAUAUGUUACGGUCUACAAAUAAAUCAUAUGGUGAGAUAAUACGUCCAAAUUGCAACAAAGUUUCUUCGAACGAUCACCAAGAAGCAUCUCAAGACGACUCUUGUGUUCUUCGAGUUGUUGACCCAAAUAACCGGAAAAUUUUUAUACUUUCAUCGCCCACAGACAUCAACGAAACAUGUAAUGUCACUUGCAAGUUGGCAUAAAAGACAUAUGUGUUGGUACAGAAUACCACCACUGUUUUAAAAAGAUGUAUGUUCUAAUUAAUUUUUUACACAUUUAAAAAAAAAUCAUAAGUAGUCUUGGUUAUCAAUGAAUUAUUUUUUUGUAGCUAAUUGUUCUCCAUAACUUUUAACCAAUAUAAUU